CCGGCCCCCGACCCGACGUGCACCGGUUUACGCAGGCUGCGUUUGGCGGGAUCGCGGCCGGGCCGGUCCUGUCGGAAUCGAGGGUUGGAAACGUCGACAUGAGCCUGUGGGUGGACAAGUACCGGCCGACGGCCCUCAGCAAGCUGGACUUCCACAGGGAGCAGGCCGGACAGCUCCGCAACCUGGUCCAACAUGGAGAUUUCCCUCAUAUGCUCGUUUAUGGGCCUUCGGGCUCAGGAAAGAAGACUAGGGUAAUGUGUUUACUUCGUGAGCUUUAUGGCGCAGGAAUAGAGAAGCUAAGGAUUGAACAUCAAACAAUUACGACACCAUCGAAAAAGAAACUGGAAAUAAGCACAAUAGCAAGCAAUUAUCACCUUGAAGUUAAUGCGAGUGAUGCUGGGAACAGUGACCGAGUGGUUAUUCAAGAAUUAAUUAAGACAGUGGCACAGUCUCAACAACUUGAGACUAGUACACAGAGAGACUUCAAAGUGGUAUUACUGACAGAAGUUGACAGACUAACAAAGGAUGCCCAGCAUGCACUGAGACGGACAAUGGAAAAGUAUAUGUCCACGUGCAGAUUAAUUCUUUGCUGUAACUCUACUUCAAAAGUCAUUUCUCCUAUUCGUAGCCGAUGUCUUGCAGUGCGUAUCCCUGCCCCCAGCAUCGAGGAAAUUUGUCAUGUGCUAAGUGGAGUCUGCAAGAAAGAAGGCCUCAUACUUCCUCAAGAGCUGGCUCGGAAUAUUGCUGAAAAAUCUGAUAGGAAUCUGAGGAAAGCACUGCUUAUGUGUGAAGCUUGCAGAGUUCAGCAAUAUCCAUUUUCAGCAGAUCAAGAUAUUCCUGAGACAGAUUGGGAAAUUUACCUCAGAGAAACCGCGAAUGCCAUUGUCAGCCAACAAACCCCACAAAGGCUGUUGGAAGUCCGUGGACGGUUAUAUGAGCUACUGACCCACUGCAUACCCCCGGAGAUAAUAAUGAAGGGUCUCUUGUUGGAGUUGUUAAACAACUGUGAUGGUUUACUAAAAGGGGAGGUUGCACAGAUGGCUGCCUAUUACGAACAUCGUCUGCAGCUUGGCAACAAGGCCAUCUAUCACCUGGAAGCUUUCGUAGCCAAAUUUAUGGCUAUUUAUAAACAAUUUAUGGAAGAUGGUUUGGAAGCUAUGAUGUUCUAAUAAACAUCUUGUUAUCGAAGAUGUUCUUUGACUUUGAAAGUGAAUAUAACAGGAUGGAUUUUGUAUGCUUUUAAAACCAAACCAAAACAUGUAGUAUACCUUAGAUUUACUCUGAAUUGCACAAAUGUUUUUGUCCCAAUAUACCCAUAUACAACCUGAUAAGGGUGGUGAAAAUAAUUACCUGAAUCCACAAUAAAUAGGAUUUUAAUGAAGAUUGAUUUUUUUUUUGUCGUGUUUGCAUUAAUCUCAAUAUUUUCAGUUCAAAAUAAUUGCUUUGCUUUUGGAAUUAGUUUUUUGGAUAAUGGAGGAAAAUGGAACAAGCACAUUGAAAGAAAAAUCCUGGAGUAUUAUGUUCUCUGCCCAAUUUGGAAAUGUUUAUAUUUCAAAAUUGUUUGUUUCAGUAACUCAGAUUUUUUUUACUGAUCAUUUAAUGUAAAUAUAAAUGCUAUAGACCAGUGGAGAAUUAGAUAUUCAUAGUCAAAUUAUUCCAACGUUAAGUGCUUAAAAAACAAUCUAAACAUAUGUUGUAUUAAGAGCAGGCAGAGACAUUUUGUACCCCAAAAUAAACAGUUCUGUAUUUGG